AUGGGGGAGCCUGCGGCAACCUCAAUUCCCAGCCGGCCUUUGGUGGGAAAACUCAAAAGAAAUAUGAUACCCCAGAAUUUACAGAGGAGACAGGAAGUCCACGUAACCAAGGCCAAGAGGAGAGCUGGUGUAGAUUCUGCACUUCCUAUGAGACUGACCAGCUGCAUCUUCCAGAGGCCAGUGACUCGAGUAGCUCCCCACCCUGGCAGCGAGGUCAGGUGCAGUCAGAGCGAGCAGAGCCUGCAGAAGCCCCAGCAACUCUAUGCGUGCAGGAGGCUGCAGGGACUCCAGCCUCCAUGUUGGAAAAGAGCCAUCCCAGGCGGUGGUCUUUGUCAUUCGCCGUCUCUCUACAGCCAACCAGUAACUUGUGCAGACAUCCGGAGACAGAUGUGGAAAGUGAAAAAACUGAGGAAGAAACUGGCUGAGGCCUUGAUGGCAGACAGGCUCUCCAGGGAGGCGGAGAGGACUCAGGGCCAAGACAGCCGGUCCAACAACUAG